AUGACCUCCGCCGCCGCCGACGACGACGAAGACGACUACCUCUCCAUGACCUUCGACGCCCCUCCCACCACCAAAGUCAAAGAAUCCUCCCUCCAACGCAUCGCCCGACAGAAACGCGAAGCCGCCUCGCGCGGCAACAUCCUGCCCAAAGCCGAACGCGAAGCCCUCGACCGCGCGAAACUCGAGUCCGCUCUCACCACCGAGCUGGACACUGCGAAUCCCUCGAACAAAGGCGCGCUACUCAUGGCGAAAAUGGGGUUCAAAAAAGGCGAAGCGCUGGGUAAGAUGGAGGGAGCGAGGACGAGGCCGAUUGAAGUGGAGAUGAGAGAGGGGAGGGGAGGGAUUGGAUUGGAAGGGGAGAGGAAGAGGAAGAUUCGGGAGUUGGCGGGGGAGGUGGAGGGUGGGGAGAAGAAGGUGAAGUUGACGGCGGAGGAGUUUCGGGAGAGGAAUAGGGUUGAGGUGGAGGAGAGGAGGGUGGAGGGGAUGGUUUGGGGGGCUAUGAAGGUUUUGGAGGGGAUUGAGAGUGGUGAGGAUGGGGUUGGAGAGGGGAAGGAGAAACCGCUCAAGUCGGUGAAUGUGCUGUACCGUCCCUUGGUGAAACAGAGGUUGGAACGGGAAAGGGAGAGACGGAUGAGGUAUGAUAUGGAUCAGAGCUUGUCACGGAGUCGACAGUAUGAGGAGGAAGAAGAAGAUGAGAAGUUGGCAUACGGAGGCGAGGUGGAGGAGGAUCUGGAGGAGGAGGAUACCGACUUGGAAGCAUUCGAGGCGUUGGACGCAAAGGAGAAGUUGGAGAAGUUGGUGGGAUAUCUGAGGGAGGAGCAUCACUAUUGCUUCUGGUGCAAGUUCAAGUAUGAGGAUGCGGAGAUGGAGGGAUGUCCGGGUUUGAGUGAAGACGAGCAUGGUUGA